ACCUCAGAAAAAAUUUUCGAGCAAUUUGUCCCUUUAAACCAGAGCCACAUGUAUAGCAGACGUUCACGAGCAAAAAUUGAAGAAAAGUUAAGGAAAUAAGAGAGACAUGGACGUAUCGACGCAAACAAUCGACCCGAUCGAAAGGAAAAACUUUUCGAUGCAGACAGGUGGUUGCGGAGAGUGGGAGGUGAGAGAAAAGGAAGAGGGAUCGAAGGAGGUAGAAAGAUUUCCGGCGGGAUAUAAGAAGAUCGGGAAGGGACGGUCAAUAAAACAGGCCACGGCGAGUCAGACCGCAGCGCCCAAAAACAAAGGGACGCAGGUAUUUCUGUGGCGGCUCGUGCCCAUCGAAAUCGGUGAGGGAAAAAGAUCUGACCCUAACAGGCUCAAUGACUUCAUCAAGGAGUCCCGAUUCCGCCAAAUUGUCGAGGAGUUUCGACUCCCCACUCUUCUCUCUCCGAUUCGUGACGAACCCGGGGGGGAAAAUUUCAAAGUACCUCUCACAACCGGGGAGUGGGCUUCCACUCGGAAAAAGAAGGCAAUGGAAGAAAGGGAAAUAGAACUAAGAAAAAGGAGAAGGGAAGCGGAGAAGAGAGAAAGACAAAAAUAUAGAGAAGAAAUGGCUAACAUCAACGAAUGGAGGGAAUGGAAGCCGGAAGAGUUCUAUUGGAAAGAAAGGGAAGGGAGUGAAGAAUAGGGUGUGCUCCGGCGUUAUUAUGAACAAUUUAAAUUUUUUUUAAGGAAUCCAGCGUGUUUCCUUACGUGAUUUAGAGUAGGGUGUGCUCCGGCGUUAUUAUAAACCAAGUGAUAUUUUUUUAAGGAACCCAUCGUGUUUCCUUACGUGACUUAGAGUGAAGAAUAGGGUGUGCUCCGGCGUUAUUAUAAACCAAGUGAUAUUUUUUUAAGGAACCCAGCGGGUUUCCUUACGUGACUUAGAGAGUAGGGUGUGCUCCGGCGUUAUGAAGAACAAAGAAAAGUUUUUUUUUAAGGAAUCCAGCGUGCUUCCUUACGUGAUUUAGAACACUAAGAACAAAGUGAUUUAUUUUUGGAAACAUAUCACACAUUUUUGUUACAUUUUUUUUUGGCA